AUGCUAUCUUUUGUACUCCUGACCUUCAGCACUUGUCAGGAGACCGAGACCAUACCAUUUCCCAUCACAAAAACCUUAACUAAGGGAGAAACUCCCGUAACGGUUACCCUAGCAGGGGGAGGAUAUGUAAUAUCAUGGAUCGUUUCGGAGGAAACUACCUUGGGACCAGCAACGGCUCCACCCUUUGUUACUGCUGCCACAAACGUUGUCUUUGCCAACGAAUUAACCACCUUGACGAUUUUCUACAGAGGGGGUGAAGACCUACCUCCAUCAGUAUUUGUCAUGACAAAAGCCACAUCGUGGACAAUAGCUAUAAUACCAUACACCGAACCGGACCCCAGAGAAACAGAGACAGAGGAAUAUCCUCUUUACACUCUGAAACAACCACCACCACCACCAACGCACAACCCAGACCACGCAUACACAACUACACCCGAAAGCACCUACACCUACGGAUGGGAAGACUCGGACAUAGAUACGGAUGGGAGCGAUAUCGGCCCUACCGGUAUCUACAUUUGGUUGCUGGCUGCCCUUGGCGGAUUCAUCGUUUUUGGUUUAAUAUUUAUCUGUUGUUACCGUAAAUCACCGCCAGCGCCAGAAGCACUGCCGCCCUACGACCUUGAGGGGAAAGACGCGGGAAAGACAAAUACUGAUAGGCCAGAAGCACCGCCGCCCUACGACCUUGAGGGGAAAGACGCGGGAAAGACAAAUACUGAUAGGCCAGAGGUUAUUAUCUGUUAG